UAGUACUUUUCUCUCUUCAGGCGUCAUUAUGUUCGCAUUUUGUAUAUGACGCUGAACACGCAAACGGACCUUGUUCACAUUUUGUCCACGAGAACGGAACAAAGGGUUACAAAUAUUAUUCUCCUGCCUGACCAUUGUAGUUUGGUUGGUGUCGCUGAAAAAAUCGUGGUUUGGAGCUAUGCAUAAGUCUGUUUCGAAUUGGCAAUUGUCGUAGUAAAGUGAAAUUUUACUUAUCGCAAGAAGAUAUGAAGUACUACAAUUGAGACGAUAUGGAUCGUGAGGAAAGUGCGACGCAUCUGUGAACCAUUCGUGCUAAGGAUAAGUGUUAUUUUUUCAAAGAGUGGCUUUGUUACUAGUUGUGCAUAGUGUGAGAAUAAAUAUGUUUGCAGUAAAAAAUCUUUUGCCAAGAAUCGAAAUUUUCAAGGGGAUUCGGGAGCCUAUAGCUACGUUCAUGGGGUAAACAACUCUCUGGCGUUAUCGUGCAUAAGGUCGGAUUGAGAUCAACAAGUGAUGCUGAUAUGAAUCCCUCCCUCCCGGAAUCAUGCCUUGCUCUCGAACUUGGAUUGGAUGAAACUACCGCAGUGAAUUAGUUACCACGUGUGCCAAAUUAAGGAAAUUCCCCGUGUGACUCGUGUUGGUGUAAUUUCAUAUGAAUCGACAGUAAUAGUACAGUAGGAAUACUAUGACAUAAGUUGUUUCAGUGAAAGUGAGCAGAAAUGGAAGUGGUGGAGAACAAAAAUGCGCCGGGAAACGGCUUGACGGACGCUGUGUCUCCGGAAGAGAGUGAUCCCCUCAAAGAGAAAGAUGGCGGUGACAAGAAGACCAAGAAGAAGGGGUCGCCCAUUAAGAAAAGCUUGUUUGGGACCAAGAACAAGGAGAAGAUGACGGAGGCGACGACGCCCGACCCCGAAGAUCCUGGACCCAGUGUGAGCGACUCUGAGAACGAGCAGGAGGACAAAAAGCGGAAGCGGAGACGACAAGGGCGCAAGGAUGUCGUGGGGAUUUGGGCUCACAAGUGCAGACUCACCCCAAAACGGGGUCUGAUUUACUUGCUCUUCUGUGGCGUUGUGAUCAUCCUCCUCCUUUUCAUUCUAUUCCUCUUGGCAGCGCUGUGGCCCAGGGGGCCGUCUCACGAGCCCUGUCUUUCAGCCCAGUGUCAUCAGUACUCCUCCAAUGUUCUUGGGGCGUUAAACCAAACUCUUGAACCAUGCAUGUCGUACUGGGAGUAUUCUUGCGAUGGAUGGCUGCGGGAACACCCCCUCCCAAAAUCCCGAGCAUACUGGGAUGUACAAACUUACCACGAAUUCAAAGUGAAGGACAAGCUGCGAAUGGUGUUAAAUACUCUGCCCCUGGCCUGGAUUGAGGAGCCCAACAAUGUGCCACUCAAAAUGAAGCGUUUCUACGACUCUUGCAUGGCCGUGGAUUACAUUGAUGCUGACGGCGAGAAGGAACUUUUAAGAAUCAUUAAAAUCCUUGGCGGUUGGAAUGUACUGAGAGAUUUCAGAUCAAGUGACUUUGACUUUCCAAGACUGUUACGAAAGGUGCAAAGUGACCACAGGGUGAGCCCGUUUUUCAAGGUCAGCGUCGUCCCAGACCCAGAAUCUCCGUCCAGAAACAUUAUUAAGAUUACUCCUUCAGGCCUAAGUCUGCCUCACCCGUCCUACUACUUUCUCCAGAGUGGCCCCAUGGCGAAAGCAUUCGAAACCUUUGCCAAGGACGUGGCUCAGCUUUUGGGUGCGACGUCGUAUCAAGGAGGGUCCUUCGCCGUGGAAAUGUUCAACUUUGAGAAGCGCUUGGCCGAGAUCACACCGGAUCCUGGGAAUUUUUCCGACCCCGUCGCAUCCCUGCAAAAACUGAGUGUUGCCGAGCUGAAAGGAAUGUCCAACACGAUUUUUUGGGGAGAUUUGCUCACAGCAUUGUUUCCUCAAGGAAACAUCAACGACCAGACGCAGGUCGUCACGACGUCGGUUCAGUAUCUGAUGGAAGUCUCCGGCCUCAUUUCAACCACCGACAAAGGGAAUUUGAACAACUAUUUGAUGUGGCAUUUAACCCAGAGGUAUCUGCCCUAUUUGCACAAGCAGUUUACGGAGGCUGUUGAGACAUUCAGAAGAGAAUCAAUUGGAAGCACGACGGGUCCACCACGAUGGGAAUUCUGUAUCACGGAAAUAAUUCGAUUCUUUCCCCACGGAAGCGACUUUCUCCUGGCACAUGACCGCAAAGAGAAGCGUUCAACUGUCGCCGGCUCCGAUCACGGCGUUGACCCUGCAGUGACCACUAUUUCUGAAAUGUUUCAACACAUUAAACAAACCGUGUCCAACCGAGUGAAUGUGGCCACAAAGUAUGACGAAUCCCUUCGAAACUAUCUCUUGGAUAAGUUGCGUCUGAUGACGCUGCAAAUUGGGAAUCCCCUCCGCAACAAAACGGUCUUGGAGGAGGUCUACUUUUCCGUCCAGAUGCAAAAAACUGACUUCUUCCCAAAUGUCAUCACCCUGAUUGAGUUUCAGGGCAGAGUGGCGCAAAAGGACUUGGUUCAUCCCAACAAGGACACGGCCAUCAUCAACGCAAUAACGGAAAACCCCUUCAGCGUCCAGCUCAUCCCAUCCCUGAACAAGAUCCUCGUUCCACAAACCCUCCUGGAAAAGGAACAGCUCGACGUGCCGGAUGAGCUCAUGUCUUUGUUGUAUGGUUCGAUUGGCGUGGAAAUAGCGGAAGCGAUUGCCAAGUCCUUUGGACCAGAGCAAGGUCUCUACCUUCCCAGCGGGGCCUUACUGUCCGGCAGAGAUGCCAAAGUGCAGGAAAUGAGAGACAUUAUGGAAUCGCGAAGGUCGUGUCUCUCCUCCUUCUUCGUCAACAUCCGCCUGGACGACGAGCAGUACGUGGAUCGGACUUCGCUGGACACCACGCUCCACGCGGCAGGGAUUCAAAUUGCUCUCGAAGCGCUUAGAACACUCGAGUUUGCAGAUAGCUUUCAAAGUUUGCCUGGAAUAGAUCGACCCCCCGAAGCUCUCUUCUUCCUCGCUUAUGGACAGUCCCAGUGCGCCGUGCACACAAUGCUCUUUCACGACUUGGAACAUACCACCUUCACUUCGCUAAGUCAUGAUCACAAGGUUCGAGGCGUGUUGCGACAAUUGGUUGCAUUCUCGGAAGCCUUUUCAUGUUCCAAGUCAUCGGAAAUGUACGCCGACUUUACGUGUGGUCUCAUCAUUUAGGACCAAUUCUCAUGACAUUCUCCAUACAACGAUCGUGCUGUUGUCUGCUGUGAACUUACUUAUUACCCAAAAACUCAUGUUGAUUACAAAGCGGAAAAGACAUUGUGUUCUCUCUUUCAUUGUGCUAUGUAUGCUUAAUUAUUUGGCAAGCAGAAGAAUGUUUUGUAUUUUUAUGUUGAACAAAAAAAUCUUUAUAAUAGUUGUACUUUAUUUUAUGACAAUAGUCAAGAAUAAACACAUUCCGUCAGACCGUAAA